GUUCCCCCUGUGUACUACAGAGUUCCCCCUGGACGUAUAUUCAUUUUACAGUAGAAUUUAGCUUCCCCCCGUCUAUUUUGCUACAGCUACACCAGAGAAAAUUUUUUUACUCUACAUUAACAUGAUUUAUUUCCUGGGCACAGGCAGAUUCCUGCCUGCUGAGAUAAACCAUACGAAGUAGUAGUAGAUGAUAGAAAUUUUUUACUUCGGCCCGUGCGACCCACGGACUGCCCGGAAAAAGUGAAGGCGGGAUGAUACAAUUGUGUUUUAGAAAGGUAGGUACUCUAUGUUCUGAACUUGCUACAGUUUUCCAGUUGUUAUGAAUAGUUUUGUGGCAGGUCGCGGUCCCGCUCAUUGAAUUUAUUGUAGCAAUUGACGUCGCUUUUUCUCUUCUUUUUAUGCUACUAUGAAGUCUACUUUUGCGCAACAUCAUAAACGCAGUGCCUUCGGGCAGCGACGCUCAGUUGCUAUCGACAGAAAACUUUUACACGUGGUUUCAAGGAGAAGUCGCUCGUCCAGCGGAAGCAAGCGCAUGGAAGAGGAGCCCUAGAAGAUUCUUCAUUUCGCCCAUCACAAAUAACUUAAAUCUUCUAAGGGCUUAUAUUCCAUGCUAGCCGACAAGUUUCGCAGCGCGCUCGCGGCGCAGAAGGGGGCGACGACGCCGGCAGGUACAACAACCGGUGGCGAGAACAAGGGCCUCGUUGUUAGUGCUGCCUCUUCCGCCCCCGGGCCACCACCAGCGAAAUCUAGUCCGCUCGGUCCGGGCGCCCGCGGCCUGCUGGCGGUGGUGGCGGAGGUGCGGCGCAAGGCCGCGGAGGGCAGUCCCAUGAUCCCGCCGAAGGUGCGAGGGCCCGGAGAAUCUACUUCAAAACCCAGCGCAGCUGCGCAAGAGACCUCCUCCACGACGAAGCCACAAGCUACUUCGAAGGGAGCUGCUCGUCCUGCGAAGGACGCAAAACCGCAGGCGCGUCGUGUUGCCGUGAGACCCGCGUCCAAGGCGGCGUCUAAAGCUUCCUCCACUUCCCGGUCGCGGUCGCCCGGGAGUCUAUCAAAUGUAAAAAUGUCUGGGUCUGGAAGAAUUCAUGCUUGUCAUGCUUGUUCGGCAUGACUCUUAAAUCUGUCAUGCACGUUACCCAAGAGCUCCGUUUCUCUGUGAUGCAGAAGCGCAGUUUGUCAUGCAGAAUAGAGAACACCUAGGAGCUGAGAAACUUGUCAUGCUGAGCCAGCAUUUGUUGAGCUGGGCGACCUCAGAUGGCACCCCCGUCCCGAUUUUCUCUUGAUUUUUUUAGAUUUUUUUUUCAAAAAAAAAAUUUUGAUGGUCACUCGUCGUCGGGUGACAACGUUCGCUGGCCAGCCGCGAAGCUAGGCUGCACUAUUCUACUAGACCCCUCUCGUUCUAGUACUGCUUUUAUUUGCAGCUUGUCCGCAUUACAAAUUGCUGCUUUCUUGUCUACUUCUAGCGACCUUUUUCGGUAUCCUUUAGAAGUGGUGACGUAUCCUCACAAAAAGUGCUCACUUUUGAUGGCCAAAAGUGAACUCCAAAAAAGUCAUACUUUCCCAUUUUUACCUCAAAAAAAAAGUCUCUCGAUUUUCUAGAAGGUGAAACCGAAAAAGACCCCCAAUAAUUGAGAAUAUAAGUGGGAGAGGAGACUUUUUUCUAGACUUUUUUUUUGGGUAUGCAAGGUCGGAAGGCGAAAUCGAGGAGGAAAAGCAAGAGACUUUUUUGGAAGCUCAAAAGUGAUCAUUUUUGGCUUCCAAAAAUGAGCACUUUUUGUGAGGAAAAGUUGAGGCUUGCUUUGGUGAGUGUUUCACGAGUCCACCAUACCACUUGGAAUGGCAUCGAUGCAGCAUACCACACAGCUUCGACUCAACAGAGGAGGUGGGAAGGCGAAGCCGCCUUAGAAAUUCACCGGACGACGUGAGUCGCAACCUUUCUCCCAAUGCAAAGCAAAGCGAAAAAUUGCAAAUUUUUUUUGUAAAAAAAAAUCUCAAAAAAUUGAAAGAAAUUCGGAAGACUUUUUCCAUCUGAGGCGCCCAGCUCAACAUUUGUAGCCUCAUCAUGAGACGCCACCCAGCAUCACAAGUUUCCAGACCCAGACAUUUUUACAUUUGAUAGAGUCGGCCGCCGAGCAAACCCUUGACGCCGCGCACCGGGAUAUCCUGAGUAAAAGCGUACCCACACCAGAGUUGUAAUGCAGAUUUGCGAUGACAGGAAGACUUGUAAUGCGCAUCUCCAUGAGAGGCAUUACCAGUCGUGUUUUGAAAUUUGUAAUGCUGCAAACAGGAUAAGAAGAUGGAUUUGUGAUACGUUUUUCCUUGCUAACAUGCACUACACUACGGACUGCAACUUGUCAUGCGUGGCUCACAAAGCUUCUAGGUGUGUGUUGCAAAAUCCCCAUCCUGACUCUGGUGUGGGUACGUUUUUACUCAGGAUACGGGAAGCACCGGCUGGCGGCCCAGAAGCACACGCAGCCGCGGAUCAAGCACAUGCGGGACCUGCACGCGCGGCUGGACCAGGUGGAAAAGCUGUUGCAGGCAACCGCCCGGGCCUCGCAGGUGGACCGGUUGCAGGAGCUUUCUGGAGGUCUUGCGACGUCGGGCAAUAGCGAUAAUAACAAAGGCGGUUUAUUUUUGUCCUCCUCCGAAAAAAAUCUCUUUGGACCUGCAGUUACCACAGACCCGAAUAGAAGUUUAUUGCUGAACCUGCCCCAACAAGCGACUACAACAUCAACGGCAAUUUCUACUAAUUUCGCGUCGCCUGCUGCUCGCGCGGGCGCGCGCCCCGGUUUCUGGCGCAACCUGAGCCACCAGAACCUUCUCACGGCGGGGGCGACUGGUGCGACGACCACGACGACCCGCAGUGCGCAUUCCGCGGCGGCACUGGCCAAGGCGGCGAAGGCUUUCCGCACGAUGUCGAGUUCCAGCGAGUUGCUCCAGCAGCCCCCGUGGAACGCCGGGGCGGCGAACGGGAGGAGCAGCGACGGGAGUGGACCACCAGUUGUGAUGUCCUCGACCACAAAUCAACAUAGCAACGCAGCAGCGAAUUCUAGAAGGUCCAGUCCCAGUGCGCGGUUUUCCGAGCUGUUUCAGAACAGCAAACAGUUGGCCGGGGCGGAGGCUCCGAGUCGUGGUCGGGGUUCUCCGAAGAGAUCGGGACGAGUCGAAGAUCACCUACUGCACAUGGAAGGAGAGGAAGACCAGGAGCGGCGAUCCGCGGUGCUGGAGCAAAUUGACACGAUUCGCGACACGAUGCACGAGCUGGAUCUGCUCCAGCUGUCCGGGAAAUUGAGGCACGAGGAAGACAUUGAUUUCUUUUCGUCGGAAAAUAUGAGUACGACUCCUGUUCCUCGAAGACCUGCUCCCGCGGAAGGUUUAGAUGAAGCACGAAAAAGUAGGACAGAAACAGCGCCGGGUUUGAUGUCGGGUACUAGUAGUUCUACUUCGCCUCUGUCGGAACAAGAAAAGCGGCUUUUUCAACAAUUAUUGAAGACCCGUCCCGAGUUGGUCAGCCUGCUGCAGGAGGUGUUGGCUGGGGGCGCUAGUGAAAGAAUAUCAUCUACUCGUGAGGACCAGCUUCGUGGGCCGGCAGGAACUACAAGUCUUCAAGGUCGGAGUUCGACGGGGGGUGGUCCUGCUGUUCUUGGUAGUUAUGAUCUGCCAAGAACUUCUACUGCUGGUCCGGAACAAGAACUACAAACUCCAGAGCACCAAACGAUCGCGAGCGCGGUUGCCGCGCUGACCAACGUGCGGCCGUACGGGCUGCAGUACCGCCCACCCCAUCUAGUGAUCAACUCGCCGCACGGAGAAGAAGACGAAGUUGGACACCAGCUAGAGACCACCACCAGCACGAAGCAGGUUCAACAACAUAGUAGACGACCCUCGCGGUCGCCGGAAGGGGAAGCAGUCCACGACGGCCCUGGAGGUGCCUCCGACGGCUUGCAUCUAGUUUCGGGGGAAAACGGCAGCGAGGAGGAGUUUCAUUUGCACAUGCUCGAGCGUGCGCGGCGGAGUUCCAGGCUGCAGUCCGCGGCAGAGAUUAUUUUUCCUCAAUUAGCAGAAGCAGUAGAUCAAUACGACGAGCAGAAGCUGCGAAGCACCGUCAGCAUGUCGUACCAAAGUGAGACGAACCGCUCCUAUAUUGUGGUCCCGGGAGCAGAGGAAUGUUUGUGAUGCGUGCAAGCAAGAAGUUUAUUUAAUGGACGAAGCGUUGUAGUUGCAUUUUGAUUUUGUUUUGCUUUUGGUUUUUUGUUUUCUUGUAGAGAGCAGGUGCAAGCAAAAGCGAAACUCGUCAUGUAGAAGCUGAAUGGCGCCGAAUUAGAAUGAAAAAAGUAGAGGCACAGCUUUGUAGGUCGUGCAAGGCGGGACGAAAAAUGCAAUAACUGUCCAUGUGGAAGAAAUAAAGCUUUGCUCGUCAUCAACAUCACAUCUUUCUUUCCACUUCUGGGACAACACUGCUGAGGGAGAGCUUUUCAAUUGGAUAUUGCUGCUGAAAAUACGCUGAGCACCACGAGCCAGCUGGACGAUAUUGCCCGGCGGAUGGCCGGGCUGCGCAAACUUGUGGAAGAGGCGGUCGCGUUGGGCACGUUAGCGCCGGAAGAUGCGGUGGCGCUGCAGCAGGCCGGCCUUUCAAGACUGCGCACACGGGAGGGCAGCCAGGUAGUAGGAGAAAAUUGCUUUCAAGAUAAUGGUCUUCUAGUUCUGUUAAAAUUGUUGUGAGUAAGUAGGUAGAACAAGAUUGCCGUGUUGAUACUCGAUAUUGAUUCGGUCGCGCUUUUUUCGUACGCGAAGUAUGUAGCUGCUUGCAAAGCAAAUUGAUACAGAGCCUCUGAAAAAAUGGGAUUUUUGCAGUGUUUCAGGAAAACUGAGUGCGGCGUGUUACUUAUUUUGCUCACGUUUUCUAGUGCCCAGCGUCGCUGACGUUCCCUAAAACUACUAUUCGAACAAUAAAACACAUUGCAGUUUUCGCAGACCAACACCAGUAUAAUCUCCGGAUUGUCGCUUCCGAGCGACCCCCCGAACCCCAGGUUUAGUGGGAUGCUGUCCCGGGCGUCCCGCGAGGAGAGCCCGCCAGUUGCUCCUGAGCGCAUGUCGCUAGAGGUUCCACAGCUGCACACGACCGCAACGGAUGUCGCCGUGGAGAUCGCGCCCGGGAACGACUACAAGCGAGAACGUAACAGUGAUGCGGAACAAGAAAUUAAGACAGGGACGGGUCGUGGCUCUGGACCGCAAGAUGAAGAAAGCCGCGGCGAUAUGAUUUCUAGCCCGGAGAUCGUCGCAUCUACUAACAAUUAUAUCAACACCGUUAAUACAAGGGACAAAAACACGACGACCGCCGGUGUUCCUGCUGCCGUGCCUGCCGCUUUUCGCCGGCACGCGGCGAAAAACAAAACUGGAGGGCCAGGACGAGGUAAUAUUCCACCAUCUUCGGCGAGUGGGUUCUUUGUGCAACUUCCGGCGAAGGGCGUGGUGCACCACGCAACGAAACUGGCCGACCGCACCCCGAGUCCCGCCUACAGCCACAAGAUGGCGGCCCUGCAGCGCGAAGAGUCGUCGCAGGACCACACGCCGCGGCAGGCCUGGAGCCUCCACGGCACGCCACGCAAAGAAGGAGUUGUUCCCCGCGCAGGGAGGGCGGGGAAGAGUAGUAGUCUGCGUGUGUUAUCCGCGAUUCAACGGCGGGAUCGAACGCCGCGGAAGGCGCCGACGCCACGUGUUUUUCACGCGUCGCCUGCUGCGCGGCCGGUUUCCACCGCUUCCCCCAGAAUAAGUCCGGCGACUGCAUCAGCGUUCGCGUCGAGAAGUCCCAGAGGAGGUACUGGCACGUUGACCCCCACUUCCCGACGAGAACAAAGAACAAGCCCCCGGGCGAUCACCACGAACAAGCCCUUGACUCCCCGCACGAUGUUGAGUCGCACGACACCCCAAGUACUUCAGGCGAGCAAAGUGAAGCCCCGGUUCGCGCAGCCGACCGAACAGAGCGCGCGAAAGCUUUUCGCGCCGGAUCGCCUCCACGACGGGCGGGCUACGGGCGCCGCCGCGCGUGUCGGCUCCAUGCACAUCACGACGUAUCAAAAGGAAAAAUCCCCCCUCCCCAUAUCAAAACGGAAAUCUGUGAUGCAGAGUUGUCACAAAUCAGCUUUGUCAUGCUACACGGGAAAAGAUGCGGACUGUAGUGCUGGGUGGCGUGGGGAAGCCUUGCAUCUUCAGCAUGAUAGGAGGCAUCUGAGAGUGGGAAACAGCAUGACAAAUUGCCUGCAAACGAGGCCACGACUGCGGCUCUUGGCCUUCUAGCAUGACAAGUCGAUUUGUGACCUCGAAUACAGCAUCACAAAUUUCGUGUUCGAUAUGGGGAGGGGGGAUUUUUCCUUCCGAUACGACGCCGGCGCACAUCACGCCUAGCGGUACCAGUGCAACACCUUACAACGCCGAUCCGCCUUCUAAGCCGCUUCUGGAGGUGGAUCAUCAGGCGCCUACAGGCUUUUUGCAUCACCGAACCACCAAGCUGAAAACCGGCGGGGCAGCGACGAGGAGUGCUGAAAUAAACCUUGGACCGGCCACCACCUCCCAGCCCCGCGAAGAGUGGGUCGGGCCCAUCGACCAGAGGUUGCAGGAGAGAAUCAACGCGAGCCGACACAGGAUCGCCCAAGGGCGGCUAUCAAAUGUAAAAAUGUCUGGGUCUGGAAGAGUCAUGCUGUUUCUGCAUGACACAGAAGGUCUGGCAUGGCAGCUCUAGCAUCACAGGUUUCGAGAACCUUCCGCAAUGCCGAAUCCGCAUGACAAGUCCCCUAUUUUGGUGACAGAAAGUGAGUAGCUUUUGCUGCCUGUGCAUCAGAGAUUUUUGUGUGUUCUGAAAUGCGCAUCACAAGUUACAUCCUUCCAGACCCAGACAUUUUUACAUUUGAUAGCGGCGGAAGAACGGCAAGGUGUUCGGCGAGAUGGAGGACGACACCGCCGCGAGCGUGUACUUUUUCAACCAGAUGUUUGGAGCAGCUGCGGAGAACGUCGAUCGGGGGAUCUUUCAACGACCAGCGGGUCGUGAAGAAGCUGGAGCCGCAGCACCGGAUCAACAAAAAUCUUACAAAAGCGCCAGCCUCAACGAGGUUGACGACGAACAGGCGUUCCGGUCCCGCGUGGUGCAACUGCUGACCCAGGUUGCGUCGCAGACCUCGUCCUCCGCCGAAAAUAACAAACCGCGGUCUUCGGAGAGAUUCACGAAGGAGUCGUUUCAGGCCGUGGACUUGAAGCCGCCCGUGUCGGUCGGCGCCUCGGGGAUUGAAGAACUGCGGCGGGAGCUGCGCGCGAGUUUGCUGGAAUCCCGGCUGCUGGACGCGAACGGGGACAUUCCGGAGGACCAAAAGUUCCGUCUCCAGGUGCUGAACGGGAUCGUGCUGCUCCUGCAAAUGCAGCAGGAGCAGGCUGUUGCCACGAGGAUGCGGGAUACUAGUAGUAUGCUGCGGAGCCGGAGUCCUGGCAGUCCGAAUGGUGGGGAUUCCCUCGCAGCGGAGGAGGUGACGGGCGUGAGCGGAAUUCUGUCGCCGGAGCACCACGCGCUGCUCCGGGCGAUGAGCGAGUGGUCCUCGUCUCCGGGGGGGACGGGGUUGAAUAGCAGCAGCAGUAUCUUCUUCCCGCAAGGGGGAAGUAGUAGUACAACCGCGAAAAUGAUGAAUGGCAGCAGCGAGCGCGAGAAGAAGUUGUUGGCGCAACUGGAAUCGCGGACCACGUUCGACAUGUCGGGUGGGGACGACGCAGGAGCUGUGAGCGAAUUUCUGAAGUUCCCCAGCGCGGUCGUGGACCACCACAGCGGGGGCGGCACGCCACCGCAGGAACAGAGCAGUCGGGAGCUGCCCUCGCGGGGCGGCAGUGCGCUUUUGGGACGACCUUCUGGAGGUGCAGGUGCUCACAGUUACAAACGUGUCUCGGUCGACGUGGACAAUGAUGUUCAUCUUCACGGAGCAGGAGUUUUUGAAAGGUCGAACAAAAAAAACGGUGAGCAGCAGCAAAAGAGAACAUCAAGCGCUUUGUUCUCUUCCGACGGCGCGCAUCAUAAUUAUCCCAGGUUGUCUGCGGCCGAAGCUGCAGGUAGCCCUGGACCAUGGGGGCACCAGGGAAGAUUAUCCCUAGGUGGUCGGUCGCAAAACCAGGAAGAUCAUGUGCGGUUCUCGGGAACGAGCCAAGGAAUUACUGGCGGGGAAGAUAAUAGACCACAGCAGGGCACCAUUAACGCAUCUUCCAUAAAUCGCGUGUCUACAACAAGCGGACCUACCAUCGUGGAUAAUCACCGAACCACGGGGUCAGCCACGAUUGCAAGUAUGCGCGCGGAGGAUCAACAGCACCAGAGUACCACCUCUAAAGCGUCUUAUAAUCUUCGUACUUCCGGUCCAACGACAACCGCUCCCGUGGCCCGAUCGCCCAGCUCCCGGUCCCCCUCCCGGUCGUCCGCGGUCUCCCUGGGCGGGCAAACUCGGGCGUCGGCGCUGCGGGCGGGCAGGGCGGUGCCAUCCGUGUCCAAGCAAGCCAAGCAGGUGGUGGUGUCCAGGGGGUCCCUGAAAAAACCCAUGGGACGGGGCAGCGUGGUCGCGAACCCGGUUAUUUCGUCGGGAAAUCUCAAUAGUAAACGAAGUUCCUCGUCGCCCAAACGCUCGGCGGGAGCAGGAGCGCCGGAGCAGAAGGAAGGAAAGAAACUAGCAGGAACAAGAACUUCCAGCACCAGAAGGUCCGGCUCUCUGUCCAGCAGAGCGAGCUCCGCGUCGCGAAAAGGAGGCGGCACAAAAACCUCCGGGAGCAAAUCGCGGAACCACACUUCUACCGUCACAAGAACGAGUGGGACGAAGAAGACGAGCCUAAGACAAGCCGAGCGAAAAGGAAGUGCAGCAGUACAACCAAAUCACGAGGACACCGACUACCCGGGAUUGGUGCGGUCCAGCGUGAACACAGUCUACACCCUGGCCGGGCGGCUGGAAAGCCCCUUCGUCCACGGGAUUCCGCAGCUGCGGGCGCACGUGUCGCAGCAAGCGCUAAGGAAGGGAACGAAUGCGAUCAAGGAAGUCGGCGCAUUAGCCUACAACCGGCACCAAUUGCUCAAAGCCUCGAAAAUCAGCGGCGUGGCGUUACUGACCCCCUCUGGGCCGCAGCCGCUUGUGUACGAUCCGAAUUUGAUGUUAACGUUGACAAGAACGUCCAACACAAACUUUUCGAAAGACGAAGCCGAAGCGCGGGCGGACGAAAUUCUUUCCUCCGCGCGCGGGCACUCCAGGAGUCCGCCGCGGUCGUCGGAAGCAGGUGGGUAUGAAGACCAGGAAGAACAGCGUGGAGGUGCUGGACCUAUUGUUCCGAACAGAAGUUGGGCGAGCAGGUCGACCGAUGUGGUCGACGUCGAGACAAUGCGAAGGUCCGCCGCCACGCCCACGACCUCGUCCGCAGCUGGUCGUGAAAAUAAAAACCAGGACCGUCGCGCAAGGGACUCGUUUUCGCCGGAACUCCGCACGGCGUUGGCGGAACUGAACAAGGUCACGACGAUCGUCAAGGGCCGGGCGCGAUCGAAGGACGAAGAUGUGACAGUUCCAAACGACGAGGACGCGGUUCGCGCGGGUAAGGCGAGCCAAGCGGCGAAACAAAAGCUCCUCGAGGAGUUCGAAAAAACGCAGACCGAUCAGGACAUGACCACCUCCGCUGCCCGGGCGCUGUUGAUCGACCAGAUGAUGCAGAAUCCCAACCGAAAAACGGGCGUUUAUUUGGAACAGCUGCUGCGGAUAAGGGGAGCUGUCGGGGAGGAAGUUGACGAAAAGAUCUUAGCGGGAAAAAAUUCGGAGGAUUUCUGGCACCAAACGCUGUCUUCCGCAGCGGAGAGCAGUGGGGUGUUUAAUAUUCCGGAUCGAGAUAACAAGCGAAACGAUCGGUCUUCGUCGCCGUUUGAGAACAGGCACUCGGCAUUAGAACCCUCCGACAUUCCGCGGAUGUUCAGCCUGAGCAUGCUGCCGUCCCAGGAGUCGCUGAUCUACGAGCAGGCGCUGCGCCGGCAAUCCAUGCUCGGGAAGCAGUUCGGGUUGAUGGACCAAAAUUCAAAAGAUACGGACAGUAUCGACUUGAUGAAGAAGGAAAUGAAGAAGAGAAAGCGCAACCGGUCGGGCAGUGGGGAUAAAGAGGAUAUUAAUUCUGCUGCUCUCGACGUCGUCCCGGAAGACGCCGGCGGAAAUUAUGGCAAUUUUUCCAACAAGCAGAAUAUUAAAGCUGCAUCCCCGCUGGAGAAGAUCCCGAAGGACAAAGAGCAUUUGUUUCAGCUGGACUUGGAUAAAAAGAAACGGGAAAAGCAAGAAAAAGCAGAAGCUGGCCCGGCAGACGGCAGCAAAUCCGACGAAAUCGCGAACGAGAUCGAGCACGCGCACAAGGCCGCGCUGCACGCGUUGCGACAGGAGAAGAACACCGUGCACCCGAUCCGACGGUCGAAAAAGGAGUGGAACGAAAAGAUGGGGCUGAACAACAAUAAGCCGAAACCUACUCUUUCGCUUCGGAAGGUCAGUGAAGCGGCGACCAAGGUCGCAAUCGUGGACAACAUGCUGGGAAUCGGAGGAGGACAUCACGGAACAGGUGGUGUAGUUCCACGAGGAUCAUCUUCCCAAGUCCAGGCCAGCAAGAACAUCAACAAACCGAGUACAACAUCAAGUAUAGUGUCUGUGUCGCAAGACGGAGCUCCUGCUGCGGCACCGAGUGCGGCGGCGGGCAAGAAAAGCCGGGACUUUACCUCGAAAGCGUCGUCCGGCAUGCUGCCGGCGCCGAAGGAAUCUUCGCUGUCCCUGCCAGAGAGGUUUUCGCAGCAGAAGUUGCAGCACGAAGAUUUUGUUUUCGACGAGGACAACGAACUUCCUGAAAAUGUGCUCCACCGCGAUAACAGCACAAGGGAAACCUGGCAGGAAAUCGAGGCUGGAAAAAGUUCCGUGAGUAAGAACGAUGCUGUAGGAGGACAGCAGCAGGGACAAAAUGUCCAGGCUGAUGUUAAAGAGCAAAAGAUAAAAGUCCAACGGAAGCACGAGUCGAUCGGGGAUUCGAUCACGCCGACGGUGCACAGCAGAAAUAAGCACAAUCGGGCGAAAGCUAAAGCCGGCGCGCUGAGUGUGCCGUUCAAGAAGCGGGGGGAUACUUUGUGGUCCGGGUCCUCGACGAGUGACAGCGAACAACAAAAACCGGUGAAGAUGUUGGCAACGAAGAAAGAGAAUAGUAAAGAAAACCCGUCUACUAAAAAUAUAAUGCCCGCGCCGUUCACGGAGAUGCGUGUGUUUAACCAGAAACACGGGCGAAAAUUUGACCCGAACUUUAAAGUCGCCGACGAGCCGGUCAUGAACCCCCAGCAGGUGGAAGUUGCGGAAAGUAUCUUCGGCAAAAAGGAAAACCUCGCCCGCGACCAGCCCACGCCAGCGGUUUUCGUCCGGCCGAAGAUCCUGCCGCUACCGAAAAAAGAGGCGGUGAUCAGCCCCCGACAGCAUUUCCCCUUUGCCGCGCCGGUCGUGAGCGAGGCGCCGAAGGAGGCGAAAAAUUUGUUCGACGCGUUACCCAAGAAACAAACGGCUAUUGGUGGUGGUACUAACACAGUAGAGGACCCGCCGCGGAAGUGGAACGUAGCCCCCGCUGUUGUGCGGAAAGAGGGGUUGGCGAAGAACAGAAGGAGGAAGCAGGAGGAGGGGGAAGAACCUCAAGGAGUGCAAAUUGUACAAGGCAGAAGUGAAGCUGCAGACGCUCCUGUAGACGGUGCCAGUUGGAGUCCGAAUUUGUACGGGGGAAAUAACAAGAUUUUUGCUCAAGAACAACCGAUAUUGAACGGGUUUAAUACUUCCUCUAGUGCACCAGCUCCGGAGGACAAUACAAAUACUCCUGUUACAGAUUUUCUCCCUUCCUCAGAAAUGGAUGGGAACCACGAUGGGCCAGAUCCUGGCCGAGGUCUUGUGAACGGCCGAGAACGCUUACAGAAUGCCGUCGGAAAAAAUGGUACAAAUGAUGCUAUUAAGAAAACUCCGCCCAUUCCUGCUCAAGUAGUAGGCCGCGCCCUCCUAGAACAACAACCGGCGAUUUUACUAGUACCAGGACCCGGCCGGCCGCCCGUAGAGCAGCAGCCGCCGCUAAUGCAGUCGGGGACCAGUGUGGGCUCACACCAGCUGCAGGCACCAGCGGAAGCGGUCAACGUGGCGGAACCUGUGGUGGCUAGAACAAAUCUGGGACCACAAUCGUCAGCGUCGGAAGCAGCGGGCACGACAAAUGUACCCUCCAGCAGCGGCGGAAAAACAGGGUUUAGGACCCACCAAAUAGACGACACCGACGAGUCUUCCUCGCAUUUCGAGCACAUGCACGCCUUCCGACCCAAGGCCGCCUCUGCGCCCGUGAAAAAACCCAUGCGGGGGAACAGUUUUGUCCCCUCACUGAUGCACCACUUCGAUAUCGGGGCUGAGCAGCCGCAGAGUGCUGCUAAAAACGAGGCUGAUACAGAUACAAGAACGACCGGAGCUGUUGUAGAGAGUAAAAAGGAAAUAACUACAGUAAUACCUCCCAGAGGAGUUACAACUACUUCGCAGGAACAAAACCGGAGGUCGGUGGGUGACGACGGUGACCUGCAGGGUGCGCUUCUGAAAAGCGUUCACACAGAGAAGAACAGCACAGCACCAUCAGCAGCUCCGUUGGUCAACUCGCAACAGAAAUUCUACUCGGAGCCGGAGGAAGUGGAAGUUGAAGUUGAGGGUGAGUCUUUUUCCAAUUCCGAAGCUGGUUCCUGCGCCACGGUCGCACCGGAGCUGUCGGCGGAGGAAACUACACUGUUGAACGACAAGGAGGAACAGCCGAGAAAGCAAAUCCCUCAGGCGGAACGUUUCGAUUUCUGGCGCACGGCGUUCGAAGUCAACACGAAGAAUGCUAGCGCUGCUGGAGGACUAGAUCGUCUUUCAGAUGAGAACAACAAUAAGUCAAGGCGGUUGGAAGAUGACAUCACAUUCGCGGGAAAUAAUUCUACAGGGUUGUUUCAUCAUCUUCCUAGUAGUCCGAUCGAGACCAUAGAUUCGCAGAUUGUGGAGCUGGAGCGAAAAGUUUUCUGUUGGGAGAGGUUGCAUGCGGAUCAUGCUGGGACGUCGAGCAAGUCGAGGAAGAAGGCGGAAAGUAGCGAAACCGAGCCGCGACCGGUUGCAUUUCGAAAACGGGCCGAAGAGAGGGUGUCUUUUCCGAGUAGGUUAAGGGAGCAAGCAAUGCCAACAGAGGUUCUUGGAAGUGGUUGCUCAAGAAAGACGUUAAUAGCGAAGAACCCGAGCCGUAAGCAACUGGAAAGGGAACAAACGCAAAAAUCUUCCUCUGCGCAUCAACUUGUCGGGGGAGCUGCAUCUUCUGCGAAACCGAAAUGGAAUCAGAGUACAAAAGCGCUCACGGCAGACCCUGCACUUAGAAAUUUAGACAGAUCCUGUAGUAGAGAUAGGAGCCGAAGAGGGAGGAGAAAAGAAAAAUCACCCCCCAGGGUGCUCAGAGAGGGAAUGCAAUACUUGUGGCGAAAGCCACCCGAAUGAAAACCGUACUAUCAGAAUUCAUUUUAUAGCGAAAUCAAACGCCGUGAAUUUGGAUAGAAGUUGUCUGCAAUAGCAAUAGAGAGUCAUGUUAUUUGCUGUAAGCGAU